AUGGAUUCUGACAACGAAAUUGACACAGGGUACGACCAACCUUUCGAUGCAAAUGUCUUUGGGUCGAGUCGAAGCAACAGAACAAACGCACAUUCGCGAGCAUACUCUGCAUUGACUGCCUCUGACAUAGCAAAUGAACCUUAUACGAACCAGUUCAAUAGCGGACCUCAUACCCCUACGAAUGCUAUAGAUAGCCCCUUCGAUAAUGCGCAGAACCUUCUGUUUCUUUCCAGUGCUAAUUUUUCAACGGAGUCAUUGAGCUCACUGCACCCAGCACCUCCACCGAUUUCAUUUGCAGGAAGUUUACCGUCAAGUGGACUUGGUAUUGGAACUCUUCCAUCUCCCUACUCAUCCAGAAGGUUCUCUGGACAAUCACUAAGUAAUUCGCCUUUGCUUCCCUCCUCAAAACGUAACAGUUUCAACUCUUCUAAUCCAACUACAUCAAAUACAAACAAUAACAGUAGUAGCAAUAGGGCUCCAAGGCCCAAAUCUGCUAUAUUUAUGAUGGAUUCUAAUAACUUUGCCAUUUCUGAGGAUGGUAGUCCAAUACAAGACGCCAUAGACAGUACCCCUAGAGCUCGUAAUUCAUUCCAUUUUGGGAGGUCAACUGCUGCGCAGGCAUAUGUUCCUACACCCCAGAUAGCGCCUCCUACUGGGCCCUCCGGGUUCACGUUUGGUGGUGGAAAUGCAAGUGUUGAAAUUGGAGGGUCUAGAUCAAAUUCAAGGAGUACUUCACCAGUAAGAUCUGGCUCCCCCGCUCGAAACGGUAGAACAGCUUCACCUAUUAGGAAGCCUACUACUCUUGGCGUUGAUAAGAGAAAUACAUCUCCAACAAGGUAUCAGCCGUUUAACUUCCAGCCUCAAGAAUUGAUGAUGAAUGGAAAUGGCUCGAACCAUUCAUUACUGGUAAAACCUGCCCAUAGAAAGGGACAUAAAUAUAAACACUCCUCUGUUUCCAUGAACUUAUUCCAGGAACCUCCACCGGCAAUCGCAAAUAUUCAUCAAAAAGUGCUCAGUAUACCUGAUCUGUAUCCCAUUCCUACUUUUAAAGAAUCGAUUAGAUCUGUUACUCAUACCCAAAAAUUGAAAUUGGCAUGGUCAAUCGGCCAUGUUCUAGUUUCCGCAUUUGUUUUUUUAGUUGGAAUCAAGUUGAAAAUGCCUACAUUACUGACUUUAGCCCAUUUGAUCUUUUACGAUGCAUUAGGAUCUUUGGUUAUCGUUUUUGUUGAUAUAAUGUCCAAUUUUGAAGUGUGGAAUUCAUCAUCAAUUCAGUACCCAUUUGGAUUGGGUAGACUCGAAGUUUUAGUGGGUUUUGCUUUAAGCACAUCUUUGAUUAUGGUAGGCUUGGAUUUAAUCAGCCAUUCAGUAGAAGAAUUUGUUAUCGAAUUAGCAGUUGGGGGCGAAGAGAAUGUAAAAGAUCACCUGUCACAUCAUAUCCAUGGAGAUCAUUCCACAGGAACAAACAGCUCCAUUACUGGAAAUUGGUUUGUAUAUGAAUUAGUGUUGUUUAUUUCUAUUUGUAUCACGAUAGUAUCGUCAAACUAUAUAUUGUUUUACGAUAGGAUCAACAAUAUGAUUUCAAAUUCUACAAGAGUAGGAGGAGACGAACCGGUGAAUGACAAGAACUCAAAAUGGAAGAGGCGGUCAAAAAUAAAUGUGGGGAUCAUUGAAGGUGUCUCUACUACUUCCACAGAGAAUGAUUUUGUAGGAUUUGCCCGUGUCAAGAACUACUUGAAUGCAAUUUCCAGAAAUCCUACCCACAUUCUUACAUUGACGUACAUAUUAUAUCUCAUGUUAGCGCCCUUCUUGCCUACUCAGUUAGGUUUAGAUAUUGAUAUUGAUUUGAAUGAAUCUACUACAUUGGUGGUAGCAUUACUUCUUUGUUACAAUGGAUGGAAACUUGCCAAAUCCCUCGGAGGUAUUUUACUCUUGAGUUACCCACAUUCAGAUUACCAAUACUAUUUGUUGAAACUGAAUAUUGCGGACCAAAUAGAACAGUUAGACUGCUUCAAGCAAACCUAUUCCUUGGAACAAUUAUAUCUCGCCAAAUUCAACUACGAACUCAUUGUGGUCGGGAUCUUCAUCUUGAUGAGAGGAGGAACCAGUGAAGAAGAGAGUAAGAUUAGAUUUGAAAUUAAUCGUAUCAUAAAGGCGAGCGUUGACCGUAGCGGCAGAAAGAAUAAGAUUGAGAUCACAAUAGAUAUCAACAGAUACUAG